GUCCUGUAGAUGACUUCAUAAUGUGGAUGAUUUAACAUCUCUUCCAACCGGCAUCUCUUUCAUAUACCAAAAAAAAUCGUGUCUAGUGUGAUUUGAAGUUGUGUAAUCUAUCAGAUGAAGUUUUCUCGCAAGCAUCCUCUUUUCCUCUCCCUAUGUGCAUUUCUAUUGCCAAAACACACGGUCGCUGCACAGAAUGGACCCGAAAGAGAAGUUUCAGCCAAGUUGUUCGAAUCCCUUGAGGAGUCCUCUCGCCUCGUCGAUAUUGCAUACUGUAUCGGUUCAACGGGAGUACAUAAGCCAUUCGAAUGCCUCAGUCGGUGUCAGGAGUUCGAAGGGUUCGAGUUGAUAACGACGUGGAACACUGGUCCUCUUCUCUCCGAUUCAUGCGGGUACAUCGCCAUCUCUCACCCCCCGUACCCGAAACGAAUCAUCGUUGCAUUCCGAGGCACUUAUUCCGUUACCAACACGAUCAUCGAUCUCUCGGCGUACCCGCAGAGAUAUGUUCCUUACAUACCAGACGACAAUGAAGGAGGAGGUGACGACCCACGGGAGAAGGCAAAAUGCACCAACUGUACGGUCCAUGCCGGGUUCAUGACGACAUGGCAGAACACGCGGUCAACCGUUCUACCGGCCGUGGAAACUGCGCGAAAGCAGCACCCAGACUAUGAGAUUGUCUUGAUCGGGCAUUCGCUCGGUGGAGCUGUUGCCGCGCUGGCAGGGCUAGAGUUCCAGUUGAAAGGGUGGAGCCCACAAGUGACGACGUUUGGAGAGCCGAAACUUGGAAACAGAGCCUUUGUAAACUUGCUGGACGAGGCAUUUAGCGUGAAUGUGGACCAGUCUCUGCUUCCGAGAGAAGAAGAAGAAGAAGAAGAAGAACUCCCUCGCUUUCGUCGGGUCACACACGCCAACGAUCCAGUGCCCCUGCUCCCUCUUGAUGAAUGGGGGUACGAGACUCACGCGGGGGAAAUUUUCAUCUCCAAGCCGGACCUUCCACCAGGUCGAACGGACCUGGAACGGUGCGAGGGGAACCGUGAUCUUCGAUGCAUCGAAGGAGCUAGUUAUGGCAGCAAUGCCGUUAAUAUAGCUGGAGGACAGACCGUUCUGUCCGAACAGCCCCGUCGCCAGAGAAUAGACGGGGCUGGCUUGAUUCCGGCCCGGUUCAGAUUGUGGGAGCUCUUCUUCGCUCAUCGCGAUUACUUUUGGCGUCUUGGGUUAUGUGUUCCUGGGGGGGAUCCGACGGGACUCAAGUUUAAGGCGGAUUGAGAAUCAUGUCUUUUAUAUAUAGUUAAUGAUCAAGUCAUGAAGUUAUGACGAAAUGAUACAAUGCAGAUAAAUCGCCUGUAGAUUUGGGCCUAUG